GUGUUUGUUCAAGCCCUAUAAAAGCAAAGGAAAGGAACUCCUCUGGUCAUUUCCAUUUCAAGUAGCAGCCGCAGCAAACGAAAUAGCUUAGACACCACUGACAAGGAUGCUUUGCAACUACUUUUCCGUUGUGCUGAUGUUGCUGCUGGCCGCGAGCGGAGCGACGCUGGCCUCUCUGCAGGACAAACAGAGCGACUUCGGCCUGAGGCUCUUCGCACGUUUGGCCGCAACGUCGGCAGAACGCAACGUGAUUUUCUCCCCGUACGGUGUUUCUUCCGUCCUGGCCAUGGCGCAACUCGGCGCGGCGGGGAACACCCGCAAGGCCAUGCAGGCCGCGAUGGGAUUUUCCCUGCAAGAGCGAGGAAUGUCUCGGCAACAGCGCCUCCUGCAGCACGACCUCAACGUCGAGGAAGGCUUGGAGAUGGCCGGCGGCGUCAUGGUGGAAAGAAAGCUGAGCCUGGACAAAGGCUACCGCCGGGCGCUAUCCAAGGCCUUCCGGAGCCACCCCCACCAAGUGGACUUCAGCAGGCCCCGGCAGGCGCUGGACAUCAUCAACGCAUGGGUCUCGGACCACACCGCCGGCGCCAUUCCCGAGUUCUUGGCGCGGGGAUCCCUGAGCGAUGAGACGCGCCUGGUGCUCCUCAAUGCGCUCCACUUCCAGGGACUCUGGAAGGUGCCCUUCGACCCCAAGCUGACGCACGAGCGGAUGUUCCACUGCGCCAACAGCAGCGCCGUUCCCAUUCAAAUGAUGACGCUCACCAACCGUUUCAACUACGGGGAGUUUGUGACGGCCAGCGGCGUGGACUAUGACGUGGUCGAAGUCCCGUACGAGAGCGACUCGCUGAGCAUGCUCCUGGUGUCGCCCUUCGAAGCCGACGUGGCGCUGAGCACGCUCGUAGGCGACCUGAGCAGCCAGAGGAUCCGGCAGUGGCGAGCUGAGCUCAGGAGUGUUCGCAGGCAGCUGACCUUGCCCAGGUUUACUCUGAAUUCGGAAGUCAACCUGAAGGCUGCGCUCAUCAGCGAGGGCCUGGCCAACAUCUUCAGUCCGGCCACGGCCGACUUCAGCCGCAUUACCACCGACGAGAGGCUCUGGGUGUCCAAGGUCCUGCAGACGGUCAAGAUCGAGGUCAACGAGCAAGGGACAACGGGCGCCGCGGCAACGGCGGCGGUGAUGUUUUCCCGGAUGGCAGUGGAAGAGCUGACUUUGGACCGGCCUUUUCUCUUCCUGAUCCAGCACAAACACACGGGGGCCAUUUUGUUCAUGGGCCAGUUCAAUCAUCCCGCUUGACGGGUCGACGCGCCUUCCGCCAUAUCCCACCGACGACUCCUGGACACCACAAGACAACUUUUCAAAACCAGGACUUGAUGACACUGAUGCACUUCCUCUUUCUGCUCGUUUUCACUCAUUGUCUUGUUGCCAUGCUGUGUGUGUGUGUGUGUGUGUGUUUGUGUUUAUAUUUAUUAAAAGAUAUAUAUAUUGUUUUAACUUCUUUCUUUGUGAAUGUUGAAAAAGGUGUCCAUCAUGAACGUCAAAGCCUCAAGGCAAUUUUUUUUCCCAAAAAGUCACUUUAUUUUUUUUAAAAAGUGCUAACUCUUUUAUAUUACAUUUUUUUUUUAAAAAAAUGGUAAAAUGAUAAAGUUAAAAGUAAAAAUAAGUCCUAAUAUUUUGAGAAUGGAGUCAUUUAAGUUUGAAAAUUCCAAUUUCACGUGGGGAGGGGGGAGCGGUAGCAAGUUAACCCUUUCAAUAUUUUAAUAGUUGUAUUUUUUUAAAGUAAUAUAAAUAGAGCCAUAUUUUUGGUAAAAAAAAAAAAAAAAAAGGUUCAAAUUAAGACUACAAUUGUAACUUUGUUUUAAAAAGGGGUCACAUUACAAGAAUAAAUUCGAACUUUUGACAAGAAACUUUUGUUACACUUGUGAACUCGAAAAAUGUGUGAAUGCUUUUAUUCCCCCCGGAGAGGAAAGUAACGGUUCACACAGAUGCACAAGGGACCUUCCCAUCCGACAAUGGACAGAUAC